UGCGAGACCAAGAAAUAUAACUGCGAUGAACGGUCGAUUCAAAGCUGCUGCCUUCCUACUUGCCUUGGCCGUGCUGGCAGCGAGUUUGGGGACCGGGCAGAGUUGGAGGCGCCGGCGGCGGAGGAGAGCCCCACCCCCGCCGCCGCUCCCGCAGAACUGCGCGGUGACGGACUGGACCCCGUGGGGAGCGUGCUCGGCCAGCUGCGGCGGCGGCACGCACACCCGCACCCGCACCGUGAUCGUGCCGGCGGCGCACGGGGGGACGCCUUGUCCUGCGUUACAGGAUACUCAGCCGUGUAACACCAUCACGUGCCCUGUGGACUGUCAGGUGGGGGAGUUUGGAGACUGGUCCGUCUGCGAUCCGUGCUUACACACACAGUCCCGUUACUCUCCGCUAGUCCGCCCGUCGCAGUUCGGCGGUUCUCCCUGCACGAAGCCGCUGGUGGAGACCCGAGGGUGCAGCUCCAACAGAACCUGCCCUCUGACCUCGGGAUGCACCUCGGGACAGUUCAAAUGUGUCACGACUGGUCUCAAACCCUUACCUGUCGUGCCCCCCUCCCCAGGCCGCUGCGUUCCCGCCAGUUUCCGGUGUAACGGUGAUGACGACUGUGGUGACCAGUCUGACGAGCAGGAGUGCCCGGAUGUACAGAACCUGUGUGAGGGGAAAACUGUGGAGGGCCUGAUCCCCAACAUUGACAUCGCCGGGAGCGGGUAUAACGUUCUGACAGAGGAGCUGAGUGGACUGGUCUUGGACAACUCCAAAUAUGGCGGGCAGUGCAGGACUGCUUACAGUGGAGACCACGGGAAAACAUUCCGCCUACCGCAUAACACCCAGUUUUACAGGUUCCAGGUUGUUGCGGACACGUCGUUCCGUGCAGAACAGUUCAGCAGCUCUAAAAGGUUCUACCAGGACACCACGGCCAACAGUCAGCGGGACAUCCACGCGGGCGCCUCCGCCUCAUUCUCGGUGUUCUCAGCCAGCGCUGAUGUCGCCAGCAGCCAGUCCCAUGGCAACCAUGAUGUCAUCAGGUCCAGCCAGUCCGCGGACUCCGCCCUGUUCACCGUAUCCAACCAGAUCGAGCUUGCGCAGUUCAGGAUGAACGGCGAUAACAACUUCAUCCUGACAGACAGCUUCUACAGAGCGCUGGAAGAGUUGCCGGUGGUGUACAGUUACGCGGAGUACAAGAAGCUUAUAGUUGAUUUCGGGACGCACUACGUGUCAGCGGGCAAGCUCGGUGGGCAGUACCGGUACGCGUACAGGUACAACCGCCGCAACCUCACAGAGUCGGGUCUGAGCGAUGAGCAGCAGAAGUCGUGCCUCAGUGUGGAGGCCAAGGCGUCAUUCUUGGGGAUCGGAAUUAGCGGCGGCUACAAGAACUGUCAGGACAACCGCCUGUCUCAGCAGACCGCGGGAAGCUUCACCCUGGCCGCCCGUGACAGCGUGUCCUUUGUAAAAGGCGGGACGUCCGAAACAGCCGGUAGCCUGGCUUACACCAACCAGCCAAUGACGGACAAGUACCAGGCCUGGCUGGAUGACGUCAAGAAUAACCCGGCAGUUAUCUCUGUUGAGCUUUACCCCCUGUCGGAGCUGGUCGCUGGCGUGUCCCUGGCACCCAUAAAGAAGCGCCACCUAGCGCGUGCCCUGGUGCAGUACCUGGACGAGUUCCACCCGUGCAAGUGCGCCCCCUGCCGGAACAACGGCAAGGCGGUGCUGAUCGGGACGGCCUGCGAGUGCGUCUGCGCGGAGGGAACGUACGGCGCGUCCUGUGAGACAGUGGCUGAUCCCAGACUGGCUGUAAAAGACGUUGACGGGAGCUGGAGCUGCUGGACCGGAUGGUCGGCCUGCACGUCUCGGUGCGGUGGAGGGUCUAGCGGGAGGAAACGCGCCUGCGACAACCCGGUCAACUCCGGCGGGGGCCAGUUCUGCACCGGGGACAACAUGGACUCCAAAACCUGCAACGUCUUCGCUUGUGGUGGAUCUGGCACCACGCUGUUCCCGGAGGCUCCCCCCACCCCGGCUCCGCGGACCGGUGGCAAGCUUCCGCCGGGGCAGGUCGCGACUGUGUCCGUACUGGCCGUGGUCGGCUGCCUGGCUGUGGUCGGCGCCCUGGUGGCCUACCGAUUCGGCCGGACGAGACGCCAUGGGUCUUACCGCAGCCUGAGAGAGACUACGCCGGUGAUGGACCCUCUUCGUGGUGCGAGCGAGACUACACCAAUUGUAAUCACCUAGUUUUCACUUAGACCUUGCUACGAUCAAAGACGCCCUAAAACACCUUUCCACUAGACAGCGAUCACUUAGCAACCAUACAGCGGCCAAAGUUGGAUUUGCGUUAACCCUUGAUUUCAUUAUUCGAACAUGAGAAGAUUAAAAAUAUGAUUUUACAGACAACAACAAAAAUGUAAAUAAAACAGUUCUUAAUCUAUAGAAUUCGUUGAGCGAUCUAUAAAAUCUUUGGUGUCGCUAAUUCGCAAAUCAAACAGACUUGACUAUACUCACUCGUUUGAAUUGUCCCCAUCUGAAAACUGUGCGUAAAUGUUGAUAGACGGUGCCUGCAGUUGAGGCUAUAGCAGUUAGUGAGAAUGAAUACCGAGACAGAACAAACAACAUAGCUUUUAAUUAGCCUCAUCAAUGUAAUUGUCCUUGUGUACCUCACAACAAAGAUAAGAACAAAGAUAUGUCGUUAUAAAAGUGACAAGGUUGGUGUUAGUAAUACA